AAGUGCAGACUCAUUUAGGUUACAUUGGAAUAUUUUUAAGUGACACAUUGUACUUUGUUCAUCCUUCUGCGUGCACUUUUUUGUCUGUACAACACUUUGGCCGACCGAGGUUGUUUUCAAAAGUGCGAUAUAAAUGAAUCUAGUGAGGUGAAGCGGCCUCUGAGAAACCAGAAUGAUGACAUAGCAAACGUGGCGAUAUCAUCAGCCGAGAAAAAAAAAAAGAAAAGACGACACACACUGAAGAGUGGCUGUAUUCGAAGACAGACGCACCCGAGGCGAGGCCGCACCGCCGUUUGGAGCAUGAGGGCGAAGCUGGAAAUCCUGGCCAUGGUUUUGGGCUUCUUGGGCCUGUUCGGCGUGGUGGCGGCCGCGGCCAUGCCCAUGUGGAGGGUGUCGGCCUUCAUCGGCGCUAACCUGAUCGUGAUGGAGGUGCUGUGGGAGGGCCUGUGGAUGAACUGCUACAACCAGGCCGACAUAAAGAUGCAGUGCAAGGUCUACGACUCGCUGCUCAUUCUGCCGCCCGAGCUGCAGGCCGCCCGCGGCCUCAUGGUGGUCGCCGCCGUGCUGGUGGUCGUGGCCUUGUUUGUGGCCGGCUUCACCAUGAAGAGGACCACGUGCUGCGAGGACCACCCGAGGGCCAAGAACGUCACCCUGGCCUUCGCCGCCAGCUUGUUCCUGCUGGCCUGCCUACUAGCGCUCAUCCCCGUGUGCUGGGUAGCGCACACCGUCAUCCGGGACUUCUACAACCCCACGGUGGUGGACUCGCGCAAGCGGGAGCUGGGGGCGUCGCUCUUCAUCGGCUGGGCCACCUGCGGCCUCCUGCUGGCCGCCGGCGUGGUCUUGGUCCUCAGCUACCACAAGCGCAGGUCCAAGGAGUACCGGCCCUACGCGGGCACCUACCUGGUGGGCGCCAGCAGCGUGCGCAGCGGGAGGGCGCCGUCCAGCUUCCACAAGGUUCAUGAAUACGUUUGACGUCUGCUUCCUGGAAAUGGUGUGCCCUU